AUGUCUUCCCUUCAGUACACUCAGCCCGCUAACUUGGUCUCGAUCGAGGAUUCCGCUCAGUUUGCACCCCGCUCUGCCAUGUCGAUGGAGGAGAUGAUUGCCAUGAUGUCACAGUCGUCCCAGUUCUCGAACGAUGCCGCCGCCGCCGCUGCUGCUUCCCGUAGCUGGAGACAGAACUCUGAGGACUCUUCCAACUACACCACCGCCACCGUUCCCGCGGUUGGGGGUCAUCGCCGCAACCACGAGUAA